AUGAAGCUCAUCAUCGCGGGUUCUUCCGGCUUCGUGGCCACCGAACUAAUUCGCCAAGCGCUAUCGACCCCAAGCAUUACCGAAAUAAUUGCCCUUGGUCGCCGUGAAACACCUCCUCCCAAUAAGCUUGGGCCAAACUCCGAUGUUACAAAACUUCGGUCGGUCGUUUUAGGAGACUUUCUGUCCUACACAGAUGAAGUGAAAGAAAGUCUUGAAAGCGCAGAUGCGGUAAUAUGGACAAUAGCAAUCAGUCCUUCAAAGCUCAGCACCGUUACGUGGGAGGAAGCCUGCGUUAUUUCGCGCGACUACGCCGUCAAGGGCAUCGACACGAUCACACAGCUACCACGCGAUGGUAAAACCGAACCACUACGAUUCAUAUAUAUGAGUGGAUCUAAUGCGGUACGAGACCAAACCAAGAAACCACUAUUGAUGGGGGACUAUCUUCUCAUGCGGGGAGACGCUGAGACGAAAAUCCUCAACUACGCCACGACAUCUAAUGGUACCGUCGAGACACAAGUGACUAAGACCGGCAUCAUUGAGGAUCCAGUGCAGCUGAGCGUCGUAUCCAAGUUGGGCAGGGCUUUUUUACGUUCCCUCGUCGGUUUACCCAAGAUCAACGUGGACGUCAUCGCCGCCGCGCUUCUAGAUCAGGCUAUCAACGGAUUUGAAAAGGACACGCUUCUGAAUGAGGACCUUGUCCGUAUCGGAGAGGCUCGUCUUGCAGCAGGUGCUUCGGGUCAAAACCAAGCACCUUCAACGGGCUAA